GAUGGAGAUAGUUGCUCAAUUCAAUUUUUAUUUUAUUAAUAUAAGAAGAAUCAGACCAAGCGACCCAAAUACCCACUCUUAUGUGUAAAGCACUGCUUCUUCCUCGUCACCACCCUCAAACAGCCACGUGCUUCUUUCUUCAUGAUUUUUCACACAGGUUCCAGAGACAAUACAUAAAUCUGUCCUCCAAGGCAGGGUAUAAAAUAUUUGUUCUGAAUGGUUGAGAUAUAAUCUGAACAGGGUUUUGUGCUUUUUCUACAGAUUUUAGUUAUGGAGUCAGCCUCCAUGAACAUCUGCUUGGAAAUUGUUAACAUUGUAUUUUCUGUAGUAUUAGUGGUGUGGAUUUUGGUAGACAUUGCCAGAGGAAGUAAUAUCAACGAAAACGUUAGAAGUAGAGGAUUUAGAGAACGUGGAGAUUUUUCAGUGCUCACUAUUGUUGCAAAUUCCAUAAUCUCGGUUUUGUAUUUGGGUUUUGGCUUUUAUGAAUAUUGGAAUUACAGAAUUGUCAAUUCCAAAUCUUUAUUCUCAGCCUUAACUUGGGUCUUAGCAGCUGUAGUUGCAGUGUUUUCCAAAUGUAGAAUCCAAAAGUGGCCUUGGGUCCUCAUAUUUUGGUGGGUCUUUUCCAGCAUUCUUGGUUUACUGUACGUGUUCCUUUAUCUUACCAUUAACUAUUUCAAAUCCAUAGAGAUACCGGAUUUUCUUCCACAAGCUAGUAUAGUGGAUUUUGCUUCUUUUCCUUUGUCACUUUUGCUUUGUAUGAAUCUUCUUGGUUAUGUCAAAAAUCACAACGAUCUUCAAGACCCAUUACUUCAAAAAGAGGAUGAAUGUCUUUCUGGUGAUUCUGAUGUUUUCACAUAUGCUGGAAUCUGGAGCAAAGUUACAUUCCAAUGGUUGAAUCCACUUUUCAAAACCGGUCGAAUGCAAAAACUUGAAUUGCCUCAUAUACCUUGUGUCCCUCAGUCUGAAAGGGCAGAUAAUGCUGCAACUUUGCUUGAAGAAUCACUUAGGAAGAAGAAAAAUGAAGACUCUUCCUUGCCAAAAGCCAUACUUCUUGCUGUGUGGAAUUCAUUGGCCAUAAAUGCUGUUUUUGCAGGGAUAAAUACUGCUGCAUCAUACACGGGUCCUUUUCUUGUCACAAAUUUUGUGAACUACUUGCUGGAAAAAAGUGAUAGCUCAAGCAUCUGGUAUGGUCUAAUUCUUGCAUUCAUCUUCUUCUUCGCAAAAACAUUGGAAUCAUUAACUCAAAGGCAAUGGUACUUUGGUGCUCGCCGGAUUGGACUAAGAGUACAGGCAGCUCUAACCGUAAUGAUUUUCAAGAAGUCUAUGUCGAUCAAGUACUCUAGCCCAAGCAAUGGGAAAAUUAUAAAUUUAAUCAACGUGGAUGUAGACAGGAUUGGAGAUUGCUGCUGGUACAUCCAUGGUGUUUGGUUGCUUCCAGUUCAGGUCUUUCUGGCUUUGGUUAUCCUUUAUAGGAAUCUAGGUGCUGCCCCUUCCUUUGCUGCUCUUCUUACUACGGUUCUUGUGAUGGUAUGCAACACUCCUCUGGCCAAUAUGCAAGAAAGUCUUCACUCCAAGAUCAUGGAUGCAAAGGACGUAAGAAUCAAGAUGACAUCUGAGACUCUGAAGAGCAUGAGAGUUUUAAAGCUGCAUUCAUGGGAACCCAGAUUCUUGAAGAAACUCCUCGAACUUAGAGAAACCGAGAGAAGCUGGCUGAAGAGGUACCUCUAUACAUGCUCAGCUGUAGCCUUUCUCUUUUGGGCUUCACCAACGUUGGUUUCAGUUGUCACUUUCAGUGUUUGCAUUCUAUUGCAUACUCCAUUAACAGCAGGCACAGUCCUUUCAGCUUUAGCAACAUUUCGAAUUCUUCAAGAGCCUAUCUACAAUCUACCUGAGCUUAUUUCCAUGAUUACUCAAACAAAGGUCUCAAUCGAUCGUGUCCAGGAAUUCAUCAAGGAAGAUAGAAAGAAGCAGACAGCUGAUCAUACUUCAAAGGUUUCUAAUAUUGUGAUUGAAAUUGAGAAGGGGGAAUACACUUGGGAAACAAGUGAUCUGAAUUCAAAGAAACCUGUACUCAAAAUUACCGAGAAGUUGAGUAUAAUGAAAGGGUACAAGGUUGCAGUUUGUGGCUCAGUUGGUUCUGGAAAAUCAAGCUUACUUUGCAGCAUACUUGGUGAGAUUCCUAGAAUUUCUGGGGCAGGUAUCAAGGUUUAUGGUACAAAAGCUUAUGUUCCUCAAAGUGCUUGGAUUCAAACUGGUACCAUAAGGGAAAAUGUGCUGUUUGGCCAAAAAAUGGACGAAGCUUAUUAUGAGGAUGUCUUGGAAGGUUGUGCUUUAGACAAGGAUAUCAAGAUGUGGGUAGAUGGAGAUUUGAGUGUGGUGGGAGAGAGAGGGAUGAACUUAAGUGGAGGACAAAAGCAGAGAAUUCAACUUGCAAGGGCUGUCUAUAGUGAUUCAGACGUUUACUUCCUUGAUGACCCCUUCAGUGCUGUUGAUGCGCAUACGGGAACACAUUUGUUCAAGAAAUGUCUCUUGCAACUAUUGUCCCAGAAGACUGUUGUUUAUGCUACCCAUCAACUGGAAUUUUUAGAAGCAGCAGACCUUGUUUUGGUAAUGAAGGACGGACGAAUUGUCCAAUCAGGAAAGUAUGAGGAUCUGAUUGGAGAUCCAAGUGGUGAACUAGUUAGUCAAAUGGCUGCUCAUAGAAAAUCACUAAGCCAAGUUAACACAUGCCAAGAAGAUGAUUCCCGUGUUCGUGCACCCCAUCACAUAAAUCAAAUAGAAGUUGUAGAAGACAGGUUUAGAGAGCCUUUUGCCAAUGGCAAACUUCUGGAGAAAACUCAAGAAGAAGAAGCUGAAACUGGUCGAGUGAAAUGGAGGGUGUACUCAACCUUUAUCACUUCUGCUUAUGGAGGUGCCCUUGUUCCAGUCAUCCUUCUCUGCCAAGUUUUCUUUCAGGGACUACAGAUGGGAAGCAAUUACUGGCUUGCUUGGGCAACAGAGAAGGAAGGCAGGGUCAGCAAUGAGCUGUUAAUAGGGAUGUUUAUACUGUUAUCUGGUGGGAGCUCAAUUUUCAUAUUGGGAAGGGCAGUGGUUCUGGCAACUAUUGCCAUUGAAACUGCUCAAUGUCUAUUCCACAGAAUGAUCACAUCAAUUUUCCGGGCACCCAUUUCGUUCUUUGAUUCAACACCUUCAAGCCGAAUCCUCAGUAGGUCGUCUACCGAUCAAAGCACAGUAGAUACAGACAUUCCAUAUAGAUUAGCUGGAUUGGCCUUUGCAGUUAUUCAGCUCUUAAGCAUCGUCGUCCUUAUGUCUCUAGUGGCCUGGCAAAUCUUCCUUCUUUUCCUUGCUGUUCUUGCAAUCUCAGUAUGGUAUCAGGCUUAUUACAUUACCACUGCCAGGGAGCUAGCCAGGAUGGUUGGAAUUCGGAAGUCUCCUAUACUCCAUCACUUUUCCGAAUCAAUCACAGGCGCAGCAACAAUUCGUUGUUUCAAUCAAGAAAACCGAUUCUUGAUGAAAAUUCUGAGCAUGAUAGAUGACUAUUCUCGAGUAGCCUUUCACAACGCUGCAACAAUGGAAUGGUUGUCAGUUCGGAUCAAUUUUCUUUUUAACCUUGUCUUCUUUCUUGUUUUGAUCAUCUUGGUGAGCCUGCCCCGGUCAUCCAUUGACCCUAGUUUGGCAGGACUUGCAGCAACCUAUGGUUUGAAUCUUAAUGUUCUCCAGGCAUGGGUUAUAUGGAAUCUGUGCAACGUUGAAAAUAAAAUGAUAUCGGUCGAGAGAAUUCUUCAAUUCACAAAUAUUCCAAGUGAGGCACCUCUAGUGAUUGAAACAUGUAGGCCAGACCCUGAAUGGCCAACAGAUGGAAGGAUUGAACUGGAAAACCUUCAUGUCCAAUACAAUCCUGAUCUCCCAAUGGUUCUCAAAGGGAUCACUUGUACAUUCCCUGGAGAGAAAAAAAUUGGUAUUGUGGGCCGGACAGGGAGUGGAAAGUCCACCUUAAUCCAAGCUCUAUUCAGAGUUGUGGAGCCUUCAGGAGGACAGAUUCUUAUUGAUGGAGUUGACAUUUCUAAAAUAGGUUUGCAGGAUUUAAGGUCAAGGUUGAGCAUUAUACCCCAAGACCCAACUUUAUUUCAGGGAACAAUGAGGACCAAUCUGGACCCUUUGCAACAGCACUCAGAUCAAGAAAUCUGGGAGGUUCUUAACAAGUGUCGGCUGGCAGAGAUAAUAAGGCAGGACAGAAGACUUCUUGAUGUGCCUGUUGCCGAAGAUGGAGAAAAUUGGAGCGUUGGACAAAGGCAGCUUGUUUGCCUGGCCAGAGUGCUUCUAAAGAGAAGAAGAAUCCUCGUUUUGGAUGAGGCCACGGCUUCUAUUGAUACAGCAACAGACAAUGUGAUUCAGGAGACGAUAAGAGAAGAGACAUGUGGAUGCACCGUUAUUACUGUGGCUCAUCGGAUUCCCACCGUUAUUGACAAUGACUUGGUUUUGGUUCUUGAUGAAGGCAAGAUUUUAGAGUAUGACUCCCCAGCUAGGUUACUUGAGGAUAGUUCUUCAUCAUUCUCGAAGUUGGUGGCAGAAUUCUCGAGGAGAUCAUCCAGGAGAAACUACCAUAAGGCCUCCUCCUGAGCACCAGUACAGAUUGUGCAUGAAGCUUUAUUCCCCCAUUCCCAAGGGAAAAAGGCAUAACGCAACCUAUGGGAAUGUGGCAUAGCUGUGACCGGUACCUUACUACUCAAGACAGGAUAAACUAAAAAAAAUAAAUAAAUAAAUAAAACUAACUUUUGGAAGAAGUCAAUUUAUCAAGGCAACGGUAUAGUGUGGAUUUUGCAAAGACAAAAUUUCCUUGGAAAGUAGAUGAAAAAUUCGAUAUGAAGACAGAAACCAGAAAGCAGAUGAGCCGUGUGUGAGACCACCAACCAAUAUGAUAAGCGAAGUUCAUCAAUUGGAAAACAGUAGGAGAGCAAAAUUGUAGAGCAGUAAAUUUGGAAGCUUAUUACUGGCUGCUUCUCUAAAUUUACACUACAAAUUUGGAACCUUGCAGGCUUUGUAUGUGGCAUCAAAUCAAUAUGUUCUUUUGAUCAAGAUAUUUGAAAAAGAGAGUAAAAAAUAUAUAUAUAUUUUCCA